AUGAACCAGGGAAUCUGGAAAGUUUACAAGAGCAAAGUACUGAGAAGUUUCACAACUGAUGAAGAGGAAGAAGUGAAAGAACAGAAUAAUGACACCGCGAUUGAUAUGACUACAGAGGAAGGCUCCAGUUCUGUCUCACAGUUGGCAAAAAAGGUACAAGGGGCCAGUGCAAAAGGAUGGAAAUGCAUGUCCUCUCUCUUCAACAAGGAUGAUGAACACAAGUUACUUCCAGCUGAGAACACAGCCCCAGUCGAACAUGUCCUUUCAGAGCCGGCGCCGAAAGAGCCCGAGAAGAAGCUAACCGGGUUCUGGGACGCCUUCGCCACCAAAUGGAACCAAACCUCCGAGGCCAACAAGGUCAGCGACGGCGCAGGAGAAGGCGAGGCCGAGGCGGCUGCAGGUCCCGCGCUGACUGAAGAUGGAGACGGAGGGACCGAGAACAACGCCAGUCCCGGGGCAUACACCAACCUGGGGGCGUCCAGCGACCCCGGCUUCAAGUGGAACUUUGUCACCAGCAAGUUGGCGGAACUGAAAAACAGAAGCAUGCAAAAAAGCAACUAG